AUGGCACCGUGCAUCCAGGCCCCUUUCUUCCUCCUACUAUUGCUCACAGCUUUUGCCGGUAACUUCACAACUUUCGCCCAGAGCAGCAAUACAGACACACAUCUUACCCAAAGUAGCCCAACAUCCAUUCCUAUGAAACCAGCCAGCAGCAUAGGCUCUGACCCCAGCCCGGCUGCGUCUCCAACUUCCAUUGGCACUUCAGUCCUGACUACCAGCUCACAUAAUACGACUGCAGCUCCUUUCCACGACGAUGGCAACUCCAUCUCCACCACGACCACCAGACCUGCGUUUAACUCUUCCCUGGAAGAUCCCAGAACCAACUACUACCAAGAACUCCAGAAAAACAUUUCUAAAUUGUUUUUGCAGAUCUAUCAACAAGAAAAUUUUAUGGGCUCUUCUAUUUACAAGUUCAGGCCAGGAUCUGUGGUGGUAGAAUCAACUCUUGCCUUCCGAAAGGGUACCACUGAUGCUAACAGUGUGGAGACACAGUUUGCUCACAGUGAAGCAGAAGGAGCCAUAUAUAACCUGAACAUCUCCAGAGUCAAUGUGAAAGAAGUGACUUAUUCUUCCUCUGCCCCAUCUGAGUCUGGGGUACCAGGCUGGGGCAUUGCCCUGCUAGUACUGGUCUGUGUCCUGGUUGCCCUGGCCAUCGUCUAUCUCAUUGCCUUGGCUGUGUGUCAAUGCCGUCAAAAGAGUUGUGGGCAGCUGGACAUUUUUCUAAGCCGUGAUGCCUAUCACCCUAUGAGCGAGUACCCCACCUACCAAACCCAUGGACGCUAUGUGCCCCCUGGCAGUACCAAACCUAACCCCUAUGAGGAGGUAAUUGCAGGUAAUGGCGGCAGCAACCUGUCCUUCACGAACUUGACAACCACUUCUUCUGCGGACUUGUAG